UUUUUUUUUUUUUUUUUUUUAAGGGAGGCUCUUCCACAAAAUAGGCCCGUAUAUUUGGAUUGCCUGAGAGAGUAAAAAUUUGGAGACCCUCUGAUUCCCUGAUUUGUUGACAUUUCCCUAUUGUCAACAAAUCUCUGAAAGAAACUGCCUUGGGAACAGAGAACAGCACAUUGUAGGUAAAAGGUGCUUUAGGAACCCAUCCUGACAUUCCAUAUGGUUGGGGCAGGAGGAGGGUGGGGGGGAGUGAGGGGAGGGCUGAUUCUGGUAAUCAGUGCAGUAAGGAAAAAACUUGUUUGUUUUGCCCCAGAAAAUCAAAUGGCAUAUUUGACAGAAACCACCCAGAUGCAAGUCAUGGUACCUUUCUCCCUUUAGCAUGCAGAGGUACUUACUGAGCACAGUGGUGCAAGUUAGGAAGGAUGCUUUACCAAAAGAUAAAGCAAGGAGUUGAUUUCUCUAACAAGGACUUUCCAGUCUCUUUCUCUAAUUUCUUACCUACUGAAUAAUAACCGUGUAUUCACCCUCUCCAACAUGCUGUGCUGGUUUACAUCUCUGAACAAAAAGCACAGACUCACAGCUGUUUAUGAAGACAAGCCAAUAAAUCUAGAGGAAUAUAUUUAUACAACUCAUCCUGAGAUUACAUAGUUAAAUUCCAUUUUUGCAAAUAGACAGAUCUCCUUUUUUGCAAAGGAACCAAGUUCCUCUCCGUGCCACCCAGAUCUGUUGAUUUGCCAUUAAUGUCAGCUCUUGUCAGCUGUACUGAGCACUACAAGUUGCAUUGCAGAAUACUUUAUAUACAUUAAAGGAGUAAGUACUCUGCCAUUUCUGUGUCCUGCUUUUGCCUGGCGUUGUGGUGCAUGUAGAAGCCAGAAAGUGAGGAGCAGUUCCACUGACUUUUCCGUUCAUAAAUCCUGCCCUUUGCCGAUGGUAAAUCCAGGUACAGUUCUCAUAAAGGUGUCUUCCAAUUCUGUAGCAACAUAUGGAGAGGUUAUCAUACAAAUGAGUCUGAAAACUUGUUGCAGCACUGAUUGCCUUUUCCAUAGCAAACAGCAAACUUUUUUCAACUGAUCAGACAGACUGAGGUUUCAGUUAUCGAUCCUUUGGCUAAAUCUCCCUGAUACAUGGAAUAAUUUAUAUGAAGGAAGAGCAAGCAAGAGGGUACCAUGCAAAACUAGAAAUCAUCAUCCUGUAUCUGAGUUAAAAUCUCUGAUAAAAAUCUCAGGAGGGGAGGGUGAUGUACAUUUUCUGGAGCUCCUCCUGGCCUUUUGCAUUUAUGUAGACUAUAAGUCAGCUCUUGGAUGAUAUUCAGGUAGAAAGCAGGAGGUCCUUGACUUCUGUAGCUUCCAGUAGAAGGGGACCAGCUAAGAGCAGGACUUAACAGUAGUGUUUUCUACAUUAGGCACUAUAGGAGAUUUGAGGAUCUCCGUAUCAGGAACACAUGCUAAUAAAAUAUGUGCCACAUAGUAAAAACUCACCUGGGUGAAAUGCUGCUCCUUCUGAUAUCAAUGGAAAUUUCCUUUUGACCAGGGGUUGCUAUGGCAGCAAGCAGUGGAAAUGAGAACAAGGACAUUUUGAUAUGUCUACACUGUGGAUUGCAAAUUAUGAUACCCGAGUUAGUUUUAAACAGUCUUGCAAGGAGUGGUCUAGUUAAGGCAGCCUGAAACACCACGUGGCCUAAUUUACCAUGCUAAGCAGUUUGCUUUCCUCUGUGUUCAGGGUAUAUUCAUGCCUGGGGUAGAGCAGAGGGGAAGAGGUAUUUGAGGAAAUGCCUCUUUUAUGGCAAUGGGAUAAGGAACAGACUGUGACAAGGAGUAGUCUAGGGAGGGAGGAAUAACAUGAGAGAAAGUAAGCUACAAAGCAAGAGGAGCAGCAGUGUGUGGAGUCAACUGAAUGGAAGCAAAUCCAACAGCAACAGAAGAUGUGCAGGUUUGGAGAGCCAGGAUCCAGAGUCUCUGCCCAUGGCAGCGUGCUUUGCUCUCCUCCUUGAAGGUGAGCUUAGGGCUUCUGUCUCUCAGCAAUUUCUUUGUCAGGAAGACGCUGUCAAGCCACUGAAUGAAGCGUCCUCACAGUUUUCCAGUGGUUGAUGCCCUCAUCAGCGCCGUUUUAGUCAGGCUGCUGCUGGCGCUGCCGGCUGAAGUGGCGGAGUCCUGCAUUACAGCUCCACAGGUGCCCACCCGCCUCAGCCUCACCAGCAACGUGGAACAGCUUCUAAGUUGACUUUUAAAGAAAACGCUGAGAAAUUAUACUGAAAAUGCAUUACUGUAAUGCUAAUGUUACUAAGUCAAAUACUUAAAAGUUAGGAAAUGCCACAGCUAAUGUUGUCUGUGCAGCCGUAGGGAGGGCCCCGUGUACCAUUACCAUAGCUUGUAAUUACAUGACUGCACACUCUUUCUUCAGUCAAUCCCUGCAUAAGGUGGUCAGGUCCUCUGCAUAUUUUAUUAGAAAUGAAGCCCAGAGCUGUUUUGCACUCUGUUGGAUUAUUACUUUGGUACUGACCCAUGAAAGAGACUUGUCUGUGUCACUGUUCUCUACAAAAUCUCAUCUGAAAAGGAGUUAAGGCUUUUGAUGGUGCUGUAUUUCUCUGAAAUCUCCUUUUCUGUUCUUCAGGACAUCUUACCUUCCAUAUUAUUCCUGAAAAAUGCAUAUUUUGGGGAGGCUGAGGAGAGAACUUCUAAAUAACCUCAUUAAGCCAAAUGUCCCAAAUCUUUCUGCAAUGCAUCCCUCUCCUAUUAACUAUUUAGGUCUUCUGAAAACUGUGCUGAGUCAACAGGCCCUAAUGGGGCUGGUAGGCAGAUGGGACACAGCCAGCCAGCAUGUAACAUUUAAAAAGGUGAAAAAGGGCAGGAACCUACCUUUUUCCAUAGCAGAAGUUGAUAGAAGAAAUGAAUAAUAGUGACAUCUCCCAUCAGCUCUCCAUUAAAAGCAAAACACAUAAAAGCUGGUGCCAGAUUUGCCUGGAGACCUAUGUCCAAAAAAUGAUAAAAUUAACAUAGAGACGUUGAUAGAACUUCUGUGUUUUGUUUCUUCCUUCCUUAUGCAUUUGUACCUAAAAUACAGAGUGAGGGGAGAAUCCCAGCUCUCCCUCUGAAAGGCCAGCAGUCAGCUGCAUUGUGAGUCCCUUCUCUACUUUCUUCCCAUGCUUUUGAAUGGCACUGGCAGGUUAGUCACGGCCAUUUAAAAGUUUAUAUACAGCAGAUGUUCACGGAGCUGAUCAGGAAUUUUGGAUUUGCUGGUUUGGCUGCAGCCCUGUACGAAAUACAGAAAAAGUAUUUGCAACAGAGAGGAUAUACCUGCCUUGUGCAAUAAAUUCAAAUACCUCCCUUGUUGCUGUUUGCUCAGGAGGGGACAUCUGAGUCCCUGAUAAGGGGACAUUCAGUGUCCUGAAACCCAAAGCGGGUCCCUUGCAUCUGACAAGGGAAAGUUCUGGCAGGGCAGGGGUGUGAUGUCCAGGGGCUGAACGUGCUGACAGCUCCCUCUUAGAGCAGGGUGUUAUCUGCUGCCUUCCUUCUCAGAGGGAAAGGCCAACUGGCCCACACCUUUUAAGAAGCAGACUUUGCACAAGUGUAAUAAAUCUCUGCCUUGCCUGCUAUACAGUGCUGCCACUGCACUGGGUAUCGCCAGCAACCAUCCAUUUGAACUGUACUUCAUUUUGCAGCCCAGGGUAGAAGAAAUAGAUUACUUUGCCACCUAUUUGAGGGGGUAAUUUCUCCACCUCCUUGGUGCCUGAGACUUGUCUUACCCCAAUACUCAGCACUGCCUUGUCAUGACAUCUCCGUCUGUACCCUGUCGGUGCUCAAUUUGUCUGUGUUUGUGCAGACAUGCAUGGCAAGGAUGUGCUCCCAGAGAUUGUGCAGUUCCAGAAUCAUAACAUUCUGGUGAUCCAUCAGGAAAAUUUGUCUGAAGGGCAGCAGGGUCUUGCUUUAAGCGAGCCAAGGUAGCAGGCAAUCCUGCACUCCCUUCCCAGCCCCGCAGGACAGGUAGUCUUUGAAGACUGUGGGAAGGUGCAGGUGUUUAUUUCAGCAAAGGCUGCAGUGAUGUGUAAAAAAGAGAGGGAAGGGAUCUCCCAGCUUUUUGGAGAUUGCCUCUGUAUAAUGCCAUUUGAAUCUUACUUUUUGUUUUGUGGUAAGUUUUAAUAGUUAUCCUUUGAGGAUUUUCCCUGCGAGCUUAUCUGAAUACACCAACAGUCUUUUUUGUAAUAUUCGCAUUUCCCCUUUGGUUCAGCCGAGCCCACUGACAGAUCAUUCAAAUUCAAUUGUUUUAUGUCUAAGCCGAACAGCUAAUUAAAGUAGGGAUGAUUAACCUGACUGGCAGUGUCGCUCUCUCUCCCUCGCUCUCUCGCUCCCUCCCUCCCUCCCUCCUGUUCCAAUCAGUCUUUUUCUCACACUCUCCCUCUCUCUCCCUCUCUCUCUCUCUCUCUCUCUCUGUCUUUUGCUCUACUGUGUGUGUGUGUGUGUGUGUGUGUGUUUUUUUUUUUCCUCUCUCCUAAACGUGGUCUGCUUGCUGAUGGCAGAAUGGCACUCGGAGAUUUGUGCAUUGUGUCUGGUUUCCUACGGGCAGGCUGACCCAGUGCCUCUAGGGACUUAUCAAUAGACCACUCAGAAGAGACAGAGACAGGAGAAAGGAGGGGUGGGGGGGGGAGAGAAAGAGAGAGGGAGAAAGAGAGAGAGAGAGAGAGAGAGAGAGAGAGAGAGAGAAUCAAUAUCAAGAAUAGAAGGAGCUCCGAAGCCAUUUUUUUUUUUAAAGAAGUAUCAGGACUUGGGAAGAGGGUGACAAAGAAGGUUUUUCAAAGAGGCAGUGGAGGAGGUUCUAAUAAAUUUGGAAGGAAACAGUUCCCUGUCUUGGGAAAAAAGGAGAACUCCUGGCUGAUUAGCAUUCACACCAGACACAGCCUCUCUCUGUUCCCUGCCCCAAUGAACGUCUGCACUAGGUCCAAGGCUUGGAGUAAUUUACCUGAAGAGUGAUACCGUUUGGAAACCACUGAAGAAACCCAAGACAGCUGAAAACCAGAAGGCGUCUGAGGAGAAUGAGAUUACUCAGACGGGUGCAUGCAGCGCCAAGUCGGGCCUUCCCUGCCUGAACCUUGAAGCUGUUCCUUCUCUGAGCCCGGCCCUCAUCCACUCUCCACAUUCGCCAACAAACCUGCACACACACACAGGGUCAUCUGAUUGUAACAUCAGUUGCAAGGGGAUGACAGAGCGCAUUCAUAGCAUCAACCUUCACAACUUCAGCAAUUCUGUGCUCGAGACCCUCAACGAGCAGCGCAACCGUGGCCACUUCUGUGACGUGACGGUCCGCAUCCACGGGAGCAUGCUGCGCGCCCACCGCUGCGUGCUGGCGGCUGGCAGCCCCUUCUUCCAGGACAAGCUGCUGCUGGGCUACAGUGACAUCGAGAUCCCCUCAGUGGUGUCGGUCCAGUCUGUGCAAAAGCUCAUUGACUUCAUGUACAGCGGGGUGCUGCGGGUCUCCCAGUCAGAGGCCCUCCAAAUCCUCACAGCCGCCAGCAUCCUGCAGAUCAAGACUGUGAUUGAUGAGUGCACAAGGAUUGUCUCACAAAAUGUUGGAGACGUCUACCCAGUGAUUCAGGAUUCUGGCCAAGAGACACCCAGGGGAACACCUGAAUCGGGCACCUCGGGGCAGAGCACCGACACAGAGUCUGGCUACCUGCAGAGCCAUUCACAGCACAGUGUGGACAGGAUCUAUUCAGCCCUCUAUGCCUGUUCCAUGCAAAAUGGCAGUGGGGAGCGCUCCUUUUACAGUGGAGCUGUAGUCAGCCACCAUGAGACAGCCCUGGGACUCCCCAGGGACCAUCACAUAGAAGACCCCAGCUGGAUUACCCGGAUCCAUGAACGGUCGCAGCAGAUGGAGCGGUACCUCUCCACCACUCCAGAGACCACACACUGCCGGAAGCAGCCACGCCCUGUCCGAAUUCAAACUCUGAUGGGCAACAUCCAUAUUAAACAGGAGAUGGAGGAUGACUAUGACUACUAUGGGCAACAGAGGGUGCAGAUCCUUGAGCGCAAUGAGUCUGAGGAAUGCACUGAGGACACUGACCAAGCAGAAGGCACUGAGAGUGAGCCCAAAGGGGAGAGUUUUGACUCAGGUGUCAGUUCCUCCAUUGGCACUGAGCCUGAUUCCAUGGAGCAGCAGUUUAUGGCUGGUCUGGGCCGGGAUGGGCAGCAAGAACCUACUCAAGCAGAUCAAAAUGAUGUCCCUGCUGAUGGCACUCAGCCACAGCAGCAGCAGCAACAUGUAGAUGCCAACUCUUCCUCACCAGAGAGAAGCAAUGACGUUGAAAUGGACAGCAAAGUGCUCACAGUCAAUAACAGCACCGAAAAGGGGGCUUUGCAGCCUUCUGUCAACACAUCUGUUGCCCAGCCAUUGCCAACCACACAGAUCUACUUACGCCAGACAGAAACCCUCACCAGCAAUCUGAGGAUGCCACUGACUCUGACCAGCAACACUCAGGUCAUUGGCACAGCUGGCAACACCUACCUGCCUGCCCUUUUCACCACACAGUCUGCUGGCAGUGGCCCUAAGCCUUUUCUCUUCAGCCUGCCCCAGCCUUUAGCUGGCCAACAGACACAGUUUGUGACAGUGUCCCAGCCCGGCCUGUCAACCUUUACUGCCCAGCUGCCAGCCCCACAGCCCUUGGCCCCAUCUGCGGGCCACAGCACAGCAGGUGGGCAAGGCGAAAAAAAGCCUUACGAGUGCACUCUCUGUAACAAGACUUUCACCGCCAAACAGAACUACGUCAAGCACAUGUUUGUACACACAGGUGAGAAACCACACCAAUGCAGCAUCUGUUGGCGCUCCUUCUCUCUAAAGGAUUACCUAAUCAAACACAUGGUGACACACACUGGCGUGAGGGCCUACCAGUGCAGUAUCUGCAACAAGCGCUUCACCCAGAAGAGCUCCCUUAAUGUGCACAUGCGUCUCCACCGUGGGGAGAAGUCCUAUGAGUGCUACAUCUGCAAGAAGAAGUUCUCCCACAAGACCCUGCUGGAGAGGCAUGUGGCUCUGCACAGUGCCACCAACGGCACGCCUGGAGCCACCAGCACCGGCACGAGGGCUGUCCCUGCCGGCGUGGUGGCCUGCACGGAGGGGACCACGUACGUCUGCUCUGUCUGUCCAGCUAAGUUUGACCAAAUAGAGCAUUUCAACGACCACAUGAGGAUGCAUGUGUCAGACGGAUAAGUAGAAUCUCUCUCUCUCUCUUUGUUAUGAACAACAAAAAUAGAAACAACAAAAAAAGCUAUGGCACUAGAAUUUAAGAAAUUAUUUUUGUUUCAUUUUUACCUUUAUUUUCCUCCUUUUUUUGGGUUCAUUUCAUUUUGUUGGUUUUUGUACUACAUGAAGAACUGUUUUUUGCCUGCUGGUACAUUACAUUUCCGGAGACUGGGUGAAUAAUAAUUUUCCCAAUCUCCCUCGGAUGGUGGCCUUAAGGCCAGGUAGUGCUUCAUGAGCUCCACUGGUUGGAUCUCUAGCUACUGGCCUCUAAAUACAACCCUUCUUUACUACAAAAAGCAAACAACAAAAAAAAAAAAACACAAAAAAAUUAAAAAAAAACAGACAAAAAUAAUAAAAAAAAAUCUUUUUUCUCACUUGUGAAGAGCACUACAAAUAAAGAAACAAAGCAAAAUAUAUUACAAAUCUACAAGGCCUACUGUCGUUUAAAGUACACCGCUUGCAGUGUUUCAAUGGACAUGAUUCACAUUGCUGACCGCUUUUGGACUUCACAGUAUCCAGUUAGAACUGUGGAAUAUUUUGCUUCUGGUUGAGCAGCAACCAGAGGAAACAAGGCCCUGCUGGUUUCCACCACGUGUCUGCUUUCUCACACACACAUGCAUCCACAAACACACAAAAAGGGCUGAGGGGAAUGCGAGGCAGUGUGGCUUGGAUAGUGUGGAGUCCCUGCAGGGCGAGGAAAAAGAAUCAGAGGUUCCUCACCUGGAUUCUGCUCCAUCCCACGCUGUCCGGCGCACCCUCCCCGCUGCUUUUCUCAUACCACCACCACCUUAUAGCAGAAACCAAGAAGAUACAGACAACGAGCAACGGUGGCUUUUUUGUAAUUUAUUCAGUGUCUUCGCUGAGCACAGGGCCUCAGCACAAUCAAGAGGGACUUUCACAGAAGGCAAAGAGAAACACAGAGGAAAAUCAAAAAUAUCAGAGGUUGCAACCUAUGGAUCUAGGUACAAGAGAAGGGUUAGUUCCCACAAUCUUUGCAAAAAAAAAAAAAAAAGUUGCAUCAGGAUUUAUUCUUGUGGAAGAAAGAGAAUAGAGGGUGGGAGGGGAGGGGAAUAAUAAUUAAAAAAAAGAGUUGUUGGGUCUUUUUUAAUUCAAAAUUUUAUAGAGGGGCAAAAGUGACGUUUACCAGAUAGAAUGCUGAUUUUUUUAAUAUAUUUACAACAGUAUUUGUGUAAAAAAACAAAAAAGUGAGAUUGUUAAAAGUAAUUUUUCUUUGUUUUCUUUUUUGUUUCGCAUACACUGCCACUAAUAUCUUCUCUUUUAUUAUAUAUAUGAAUAUAUAUAUAAAUAUAUAUUUUAUUUUAAAUUGAGACUGUUAAGGUUAGCUAACCUGCUUCCAGAUAGAGGGGGGGAGGGGAAAUAAUCUUGAUUUUUAUUUUAAAAAAGAGGAAGGAUGUUUUCUUAAUUUUCUCUUCUAGUAUUAUUCUCUCUGUUUUCUAAUGGAAUCAAGAAUUACCUGGGUCGAUGAGGGGCUCUGUGAAGUCAUCUGUGAGAUUAUCUACUAGUGUUUGUGCAUCCUGCAGUAUCAUUUGAACUGCUACUUUGUUUUUCUGAAUUACACGGUUCUCUUUUUGGCCCUUACCAAGCUUCUGUUGUUUUCUUUUUGGUUCCAUCUCAGAAUUUAUUUCUGCUGAAGGACAUUUCCUUUUGAGAAAGAGAUUUUUCUAGUAAUGUUCCCUUGUAUUUGGGGAUGAUAUAAACUGUAGUCUUUCUUCUUUGAAAAAGUAAUGACAGUUUUGAAGUGUGUAAAUUUCCCUUCUUUUUGGUCACUGGACAAGAAUUAAUCUGCUGUAUUGUUCUCUCAUCCCUGCCUUGCUCGCUAGAGAGCUUCCAUAUUUUUGUGGGAAUCUGAUCCUGCCCCCGAUAAUUUGUGCUGAUGCCAAAACAACUUAAAACAUUACCAUUGCAAAUAAUCUUCCCUUCAUUUGCAAAAAGUCUGACUGAAGGGCCACAUCCCACAUUCUCUGCAUAGACAAAGCUAUGAAAGGAAUGUAGGAUCAGUGUGAAAGAUUGAUUCCUAAUCUGCAUAUAUAUGUUGGUGGUUUGUAUUUUGUUUUAUUGUGUUUGGACUGGUGUUCUCCCUAGUUGUCUUCUGUGUAUCUGUGUAAGAAUUUUUCCCCCAAAGCCAAUUCCCAAAGUACGUGGGUCCUUAGUUCAGUUGGAUCAGUGUUUGACACUAUCUUUGUCUUGCUUGAAAUCCAUGUGAGGACUUACACCAACUGCACUCUGGACUUCAUAUUUUAGGCAGAGAAGAAGCACCUAACAAAAAUAUGCAAAAAGGAAAAAAAGAAAAAAUGCUAGUUUAGCUUUUACUUGUGUCUAUAUUUAAAUUAAGCUUUCUUAAGUUUACAAAACUUUUUGCUUGUGAACACUGAGCAUUUCACAUGAGACAUUCUUUUAUGCUGGACAACUUUCUGCGUAUUGACUUUGUAGAUCUCCAUAUACAAUUUUGUGUGUUCUUUACACCUGCAGCUUCUCUAUCAGAUGCCUGUGAUUCAGUACAGGUAACUUCAUCCAUAUGUUCUGUGCCUGUUCCAUUGCCAUUUAUUUGGGGGAAAAAACCUGACAGGUGGUUCGGUCUCAGCAUCUUCCGGUACCCUGCAAGGUACUGUUCAGCAGAUCCUAAAUGCUGAAGCCCAGAUUCUUGGCGGCAAUAUGCAGCAUAGAGAGACCUUGAGGUGAGUGCCAGAGCAAUUCAAUCUUUUAUAUGGUAAUGUCUUUCUUUGUUACCAGUUUGUUUGGGUAGUUCAAGGGGCUGGAGAAGGAGCACAAGUUUGUUAACAAAUAUUGUUCUAAUAACCUCACUGGUAAAAGCAAUGCUGCCAUGUAAAUCAAGAUGUGAAAGACACAGAGAGGGAAAACUAGAGCCUAGACAAAACGUUGAAGGUUUUUCUUUGGGGAAAGGAGUAUUUUUUUCUGAGCUCUUUGGUGUCAAAGAAUAUUCUGUCAUAUGAGGAACUAGUGAAGAAUUUUACCCAGCUUACAGAUAUGUAGCUGCUCAUUUGUCAUCUGAGGUCUGGGGAAAAGCUGUUUAAUUUGCCGUUGUAAACCUGGUGAACUGUAGUCAAGAUGUAGCAUAUUCUGGAAUGUACUUCUGAUACCAGAAGAGAUAUGCCAGUAAACACGAAAUAAGAAUCAGGGUCUACAUCCACCAAAAUCCAAAUACUAUCCAAAUUUUAAUCCUUCCGUUUUCAUCCUUCCCUAAAUCAAAGCAUUAUCUUUGAAAUGCCAGUUUUUAUGAAGUCUAAUGAAUUUGAAGUGAAUUAAAGAUAAGUUGUGAAUGAAUGAAUGAAUGAAUGAAUGAAUGAAUGAAUGAAUGAAUGAAUGAAUGAUGCCAAUUUAAAAAAAAUAAACGUAGUUCUUAACGUAAAGUUAAGGCAUACUAGAUUGAAUUCUAAAACACUUGUCAAAGAAUUUAGGCCUAGGUUUUCACAAAUGCCUGUCUGUAAUAUAAACUGAUUUGCUGGACUUCCAGACUUGAUCUUGUAAAACAUGGAGGAACUUGGAGCAUGACUGCAAAUGUGGCUGAAAGUGCUUGUCAGGUCAUUCUGAAUUUAGAAGCUCAAAUAUAGUCCCCUUUAUCUUUUGAAGUGUUAAAUUCUUUUUGGCAGUUCUUCCUCCCAUCUUUGAAAUAUUUAGUUGCUACUUGUAAACAACUAUAAAAUCUGAAUGUUACAGGUAUAUUCAAGCUUCAUAUAUUGCUACUAUAUGCCUUUGCAAGAAGAAUAGCAGUCACAGUGAUCUGGAAACUACUGCUGACAAUGUUUGAGCGAAUCUAUCUCAGUAUGCUUGAAAGGCUUCCUUCAAAACACCUGAUGAAAUGAUACAGAUGAGAAAAUGCAGACUGUAGCACACAUCCUUUUGUUGAAGCAUGCAGUAUCCUGCAUUCCUUGAGCUUGAUUCUCACUUUUGCUAAAGCUCUCUUUAUAUUGCUUUGGUAAUGGAAAAGGCCAUUAAAUAGAACAUAAAUUCAAGCUUACAAGUCAAGGUCUCUCUGCAAGGCAAAAAUGCAAUAAAGGAAGCCUUAGAGUGAAUGAGAAGUGCCUUCUCUUACUGCUGUUGAGGCUGGUGAAGUGAAUUGGAAAUGCAGGACUGGCCAGAGCAGAUCUCCCCUAUGGUCCAUCUUACCCAAUACUACAUCUCUGCCGUUUGGCAAGCUAGAGAUUAUUUGAAUGAAGAUGAAAGGCCUAUGUUGGAUUAUUACAAAGCAAUAAGCCUAAGGGAGAACAUUUAUUAUAUAAUCCUCGUUAGCUAUUUCUACAUAUAAAAUACAUAUAAAUGUAUUUGCCUAUAACCUAAAGGCAUAAUAAUUUAUGACUUUAUCUUUUUAUCCCAUAUAAAAAUUAUAUAUUGUGGCAGAUAAUUCUCAUUGUUCUUCAAAGAUCUAGCUUAUUCAUUUUUAGGUGGCCUCCAUGCUGUCCUGUGGGAGUUCCUCCGGUUAAUUACCACUUUGUUUAAAUUAUUCUCUUUCAAAUUUAUUUUGUUGUUCAUUGAAACACCCUUAUUCUUGUACUAUGUGAAAUCACAAAUGAGAGAACCAAAAUUUAACUUCUCUUGCCUAUUUCACGGAGGUCUGCCUCUCUCUGGGAAGCUGAAUCCACAAGGAAUGCAGGACCACAAGCUCAGUGUCUGUUGAUUAGCAAGGAGAGGACAGCUCCUGAGUGUGUCCGUGUGUGUCUGGGGUGUGUGCAUUUGCUUUUGCUAUUAGCGAGGUUCUCCUAUAGUGAUCUCUUGCAGGUUACUUGCAGGCAUGACUCAUAAAUAAUGGAAACCUAGAAGCACAGUAACCAGUCUGUAAAUUGUAAUAUGAUAUUUCAGUCUGGUCCCUCCUCUCAUAAAGUCCAUAUUAAUAGUCUCUCUUAAGGGAAAUGGGUGUAGGUGUUUUGUAGGAACUGCUCUGAAGACACUUUCUCAACAUCUAUCAUGCUUCUACUAGGCUGACUUCUGCCCCAUGUUGUUGCCUUCAAAAGCAGCUCAAGUUCCCAGUAAGGUAACAGGGGAGAGUGGCAUUUAAUUGACUUUCUAAGUGAAUGAGACUUCCCUUUGCUCUGAGAUCAAAGAGCCCAAGUGGAGUCCAUUUUUCUUCUUUCAAUUUCUUUUUCAUCCAAAGGAGAGCUGAGUAAUAACACACAUACCAUCAGCACCCCUCUUCUUAUCAGCCCCACUGACUGAGUUCAGUCAGCCUUGAGCUACUUGAUUAAUGCUGGAUCACCAACAUGGUGGAGGAAUGAGUCGCUAGCCUUUAGUGAGUAUUGUCCCAACAUCUCCUGUCUCCCUUAGUAGUGAAAAGUAGUCCCAAAGGGAGAAGGUACAAGACAUACUCUUUGCAGGGGUGUUGAGUCCAGUCAAAAAUCAGAAGCACCCAAACCAUUUCAAACACAACCAGAAUGUCAUAGAUCUAUGACCCUCUUGACAGUCCUACGCUAAGGAAAUCCUCCAGCUCUCUCAAAGGAAAAGAUAGCAUGAGCCUGGAAAAGAGAAGGGUCCAGAUAGACCAUUGAGAACCUGACAAGAAGGCUGGAGAGGGACCUUUCACAAGGGUAUGUAGUGAUAGCACUGGGAGGAAUGGCCUUAAGCUGACAAACUGUAGGCUUAGAUUAGAUAUUAGAAAGAAAUUCUUUAUUAUAAGGCUGGUGAGAUACUGAAACAGGUUGCCCAGAGAAGGCUGUAGGUGUUCAGGAUCAGGCUGGAUGGGGCUCUAAAUAACAUGGUCUAGUGGGAGAUCCACUGCAGAUGGUGGGGGGGAUUGGAACUAGAAGAUCUUUAAAGACUCUUACAACCCAAACCAUUCUAUAUUGCUAUGAUAAUAUCAAAUUAGCAUCUAGUGGUUGUUCUGCCAAGAAGAACUAGGCCUUGAUAAUUAAAAUAACCCCUUUUAAUUCAGCAUCCAGGUCCUCUGAGCCACUGGAAUAAAUGUGAUAGGAAAGAGUCAGCAGGUAGGCUAACUGAAGCAGUAUCUGAUCAGCCUGAAGCAAAAUAGCUGCUUUUCACAUUCCCUGAUUUGUUCUCAUACUGGCUGUGAAAAUUCAUGAAGGAGGUAUAAAGUGAUGAGAACUUGGCCCUAAGAGGUUUUGAGCCUCCUCCUCUCAGAAGGUUUGUCUUCAUCUGACCACUAAACAAUCAUAAUUCUGCUGAAGAAAGGUUUGUGAGGGAACCUACAGAUAACACAUUAAGUCUGGAAUCUUGAGAUUGUAAAUGCAUUGAACAACUUGCCAGCAUUUGACAGUCCUGCUGACAGAAACCAAAUGCAGGUUGAAAGGCCUUGCAGAGGGUCAGGUGCUGAAAAUGCAAGUGUCUGCAGCAGGUGAGUUAGACAGGCAAGUGUAUGGAGGUGGCCUGAUGCUGGAUACACGUCCACGAGGGCUGGUUCUGUCCAUGCCAAGUCAGUGUUCUUGCUGCUGUUCACCUUAUUUGUCAUGCAAGAAGUAAUAAGCUCUCUGCUAGUUUCCUUUAAAGCUACUUAGUGAUCCAGUUCAUUGCAGCCAGAGCAAAGGAGCCUCCAUAUUUUCACAGAUCACUAAGAUGGAAAAUAUAGAGGGAGUUUUAGGUAUGUGCAUAUUCUUCAAACUGACAAAACAAAAAUGUGGGUUAUGCCUUCUCUAGCAUAAAACAGAGAAAUUUGGUCCACAAGGGACACAACCUGUUUGAAAAAGAGGAACACUUAACUCUCUUAGACCUAUUGUUAUGAGGCAACACAAGGGGGAAUUUUUGUUUUGUUUUGCUAAGAACAUAUGUAAAUGAGAAACAAGAUGUUUAUAGUGUAUAUCCAUCUAAUUAUUCCCAGUGCUGAUAACUAAUCAAUUAUAUUAGUGCCUCUAAGAAUAGAGAAAAUAUUAUGCAUUCAGUGUUGUUAUUUCUGCCCCCCCUCUGCUAUAGAUCAGGAGUACCUAAGGUGAAAAGAGCAGAGUUACACAAAUGAGAAAUUCUGGUGAACAAAAGAAUUACUUCCCUGUGUAGGUGUGCCAGCAUCUGGACAAAUAUCCUCUCUGAGUUAGAAAGGAUAUCUAACUACAUAUCUAACAGGAUACUGUUAGAUAAUUUUAAUUUGAAAAUUAUAUUUCUAGUGAAAAAAAUGCAAAGUUAAAUAUUAAUCCAUAUUUUUUCAUUAUAUAUUUAGCAGUGUUGCUGAUCUUUUUUAUUUUAGCCUCUGCAGUAGUGUUUGACUCACAGGUAUUAAGAGAGAGUCCAAGACAGGAGAAGCAGAGAUUGCAAAUGUACUGUGAAUAAGAUUGAAAAGUAAAUUGAACUCAUAAUAUGCUUUAAUUCACUAUUCAUGCUGCAACUAAAGAGUUUCUAGGUUUAUUUUAAAAUUAAAAGGAGUCAAAUAUAUUCUACACUUCAUUCCAGCAAAGUCAUAUCAGGAGAAAAGUAAAUAAUGUUUUUUAAAUGCCAAUUUCCCCUAGAAUUGUUAAUUAAUAGCUUUUAAAAUAAAAGGGGCCAGUUCAAGAUAAGCAGAACUCUGAUGCUCUAACACAAUCCUUAAUGUUACACAUGAUCAUAGUUUCCACUCCCAGACCUAUGAGAACUCCACUGACUUUCCCCAAAGUCAGUGAACUGAGAUUUUUGUGCACAGCCACAUAUGCCCAAAGAAAAACUUCAUUUUUCCCUUCGGUAAAGGAGAGUAGCACUGAGGUAAGCAAACCAAUCAUAGAACCAUAGAAUCAUUAAUGUUGGAAAAGGCCACUGAGAUCAAGUCAAAUCAUUAAACCAGCUCUGCUAAGCCUACCACUCAACCAUGUCCCCAAGUGCCACAUCCAUGCAUGUUUUGAACACUUCCAGGGCAGUGAUUCCACCACUUCCUUGGGCAGCCUGCUUCAAUUUUGCCUUCUUUUUAGUCAAGAAUUUUUUCCUAAUAUCUAAUCUGACCCCCUCCCCGAUACAACUUCUGGCCACAUCCUCUCAUGCUAUCACUUGUUACCUGGGAGUAGAGACUAAUCCUCACCUAGCUACAAUCUCCUUUCAGGUAGUUUUAGAGAGUGAUUGAAGUUCCCCUUCAACCCCCUUUUUCCCAGAUCCCUCUGUGGAGCCUGCUAAAUACUGUGUUAACUGUAUUUUAACACCCCAAUUUAGACAUUUGUCCUCAACUAUUUUUCAAAAAGCAAAGAACAUUAAGAUAUUUCUUUGGGAAGUAAAUACACUACAGCCUUGAAUACACUACAGCUUCACAGACAAUUGAUUUAAAACAGAAAUAUAUCUGAGCACUAUGAAGUGUGUUUAUGUUUGGUAUCUGUAGCAAAGUUGUACUUUUCUUACAAAAUAUAUCAUGUUUUUCUCUUUGAAAGAGUAGGGAAGAAGGAAUGUUAGUGAGCCAUAGCAGUCUCUUCAUACUGGAUGGUGCUUUUCUGCUGUUUCUUACCUUCAGUUACAGCUCCCAAGUUUAUUCCUUUUCCAAUGUGAUCUACUUUUGAUUGGUUGGUUGCCAUCUGCUCCCUGUAAAACUCUGGAGGGAAAAUACUCUUCCUAAAUCAAAUUAAUAAUAUGGGGGCAUGGCUAUGUGGUUUGACUCCAGCCUCUCCAAUGCCAGUGAAAUUCAUGAGAGAAUCCAGUGAAAAGUUACUUUCAAGGGACAAAUUCUGUUCUGAAUUUCUAUCAGUGCAACCUGGAUUGGCACUUUCGGGAUUGCACGCAUUUCACUGCAGAUAAAUAUAGCCCCUUUGGUUAGUUUAGCUUGAUUCUUUUUAAGAAAAGUAUGUUCUAAAAAUAUCCUUUUGCUGCACCAUUACACAAACAAAAGAACUACCAAUAUCCCAUCACAUGUGAGAAGUUCUACCCAGUUCAGCCCAAGGGGGCAUUAUUGUUUUCACUCCUCAUGCAAACUUUAUUAGCACUUGAGCCCUCUUUGAGCUGUGAAAUUUCCUUCACAGCCAUGCAGCCAUGCCCCAAGCAUCCCUCUUAUAAAUGCUCUCUGUCACGUUGGGCUUAGGUAUUACAGUAACACUAUAUAUGCUUUCAUGAGUUCCCCACUGGAGGCGUCCCUGCUGGAAAAUCUUGUACCAGUGUAAUAAAGCAUUGCUUGCUUUAGGUAUUUUCCAGACAGACCUGCAGGCUUCUGCAGUGUUCGGUCUGUCUACUACUGACUUGUUGGUGAUUUUUUUGCCAAGUUCACAGGGGCACUCAAGGAAUGUGCAGAGCUCAGUUAGGUACUUGUGCUCAACUGUCUGAUUCUGCAGUGUCCUGUUCCUACAAAACAGGCAGGUAUCUUUCUGAGAUCAUUUUCCUACAAAAUGGGCAGAUACAUUUCUGAGAUCUAGAUGUUAAUUGGGAACCUCUUCUAUUUCACUUUGCUGCUUCUCUUUCUGCCACCUGGAUAUUGCCAUUUUCUUCAUUAAACCAUAUAAAGCCUCCUAGAAGUUCAGCCCUCAUGUUGAAGAUAUACUUGAUUAAAGAGGAUCAUCGCAUUCAAGAAACAGGAUUAUAUUCACCCAACUGCCCAGAUUUCUUUUAAUUUUUCCCAUUUAGUCCUUUACUUUCAUUUGUCACAUAGGCUGUUGGUACCUAUGGGAUCUUUGAGUAAAAUCACAUUAUAUUGCCUGUGGGUGCGUGUCUGUGUGUGUGUAUGUGCAUGUGCAGGGAAAGCCAAACACUUCUUCCUGGCUUUACAGAGAGCUUGCUAAUUGAGUGUGUGGACAUGCAUGGUUUUGAUGCAGGGAAGGCUUUAGACGAAACAAGGAUUACAGAAUUAACUGUGGAGCAUUGGCACAUGACUCUAAUGAAAAGCAAGUAUACUACUCAUACACUAUAUAUGCACACAUAUAUUCAAAAAAAGCAUUCUGUUAGCCAGAUGCUCUUAGUUGGAUGUUUGCCCAAAUAGGAUGAAAAUGUGACACCCAAAUUUGGUCCAGGAUAUUUUUGUGAGCACCCAUUCUGAAGGGAAGGCUGAAGUGUGCCUCCCAGAGCCUUAUGUUGUCAUUCUGCCACAAAAUAAAUAAAACAGUCCAUCUCAGCAGGCUUCACUAGCAGAGAGAGGCAUCCACGGGGGAUGGCAGCCCUGGAACAAUACUGUUGAGUUCAGUCACUCAUUUCCAUUGAAUUUCAACAUGUUUACCUGACAAAGGAAUAAAAUCCAAAGCAAAAUAACCUGCCUGUUUGCUCUCUUAAAAAUAACAGUAAAAAAUUAUCAAGCCUUUAAAUAGUUAGCAGCACAAUAUAUUGAUAGGGUCUAAAAUAUUCCAGGUCUGGAGUCUCUAGUUUCCAAAGCAUCGUGUCAAACAGCUCUUUCCCCACCUCAGGUACUCUGAAACAUAUUGAUUGAGUAAUCCAUUCCAAAUGUGCAGUCAAUAACAAAUAACAAGUAACAUUCUCUCCCUUGGUCUUUGCCAAAAUCUCUUCAGGAUCAUGGUUAGUGGGUAUUAUCUGAAUAUCAGUAGAUAUUCAGGAGGAGAAGAAAUUGGUCAGUAAGAUCAUUCAACAUAUAAUCCAUGAGAGCUGCAGAAUUUCUAGAACUCAUUUUGCACCCAUUUAGUUAGUGGGUUGAAUAUGUUUAACUACAGCUGCCUAUUUUGGUAUAUGCUAGCCCUGAAAGCAGCAUUUUAUUCUUUUAAGUCUUUUGCCAGACUAGGGGAUUUUCCUUGUUCCAGAAAGGGUAAUUAAAGAUUUAGUGGGCUACCUUUUUUCUUUCAUUUUCAGUCAUAAAAAUGUGAGUAAAUAUUCUUCUUAGACUGGUGGCAUGUCCCUUCCCCUUUUGAAUAAGACAAUAAUGCAACAGUUUUGGCUGGUUGAUUUUUGGGUGAGAUUUUUAUUUUGGUUUGGGGUUUUCCUUUGGUUAAAUGUACAUUGUCUCUUUAUAGUCCAAAUGUCUGUGACUGUAACAGUAUGUAUUUCUUUUACUGGAGAAAAUAGACUUUUUGGUUUUUGUUAACAGUACUAGUGACUUUGUGGAAAAUGACAAGUUGCUAUUUAGAUCUGCUUAGUUAAGUACAGUACACUACAAUACAGUAUUUCUGAAAGCUAGAACAUACAGUACACAAUAUAUAUAGCAAUUCUAUAUCAAUAUAUAUACAUAGUAUAAUCAUUUAACUUUUGCAUCUGCCUACGAUCAUAGAAAAAUAAUUUUUCACAUUUAUCAUUCACAACCCAAUCAACUGCUGCAGCUAUUUGAAGCAUUUACCAAUAAUUAUUACAGCUCUAUUGUGUUGUUUCAUAUUAUUGGCUUCUUUAUUGUCUUUACAAGCAUUUUUUCAGGCUUUCUUAAAAUCUCUAUGUAGUAAGAUGUAGAAAAGUAAUUUUUUUAAAGAAAAGGUAAAACAGUAUUAAGCUGUACAAAAAAUAGAGAUUGUUCCUUGCUACCCUUUCAUAUCAGAAGAACAAUCAAUCAACACAAAUAUCUAUUAGCUCUCUUCUAAGAUGUCCUGUUAUUUCAUUUCUAAAAGUGUACGUCAGACUUUUCCUCUUCCAUUCCUAGCCUUGGAGAACGAUGGCAAAAGUGGUCUUUCACUCCUUCCAAAUCCUAUUUCUUUAAAGUUUUAAGAUUUCCUAAAAUUAUCCUCUGCACUACGGUGGGGUAGAAAAAACAUUGUUCUCUGUAUAGUUACACAGAAUGUGGAUUGAAUAAGAAAUACCUCCAUCCACAACUAUUAAUAUAUUCCAGUUGGAUCCUUACUUAUCCACUUGAUCACCCCUUUUUCAAAUGAAAACAACCUCUGAAAGUUUUAGUUUCAGUUCAUAAGCUUUUCUAGGUGAAUGUUCCCUUUACAAUCUUCAUAGUACAUUCCUGUUGGUUUUGAAUUUUGGGUCAGUCCCAUUGGACUUUAAUUGUUACCACAAAACUUCUGAAAAAUAUGUCACUAGGGAUAUGUUAACAUCUAGAUCCAAAGUGCCCAGGAACAGCUGAUUGACACCCAAGGCUCAUGACUUUGGGUGUCCUUUCUGUAUUCACACCUUGCAACAGAUGGCCCAGGCAGCAAGCCUUGGUUCAAAAUUAAGAGUGCAAAAUUAUGAGAGUAUGGACAUUUAUGUUUACUUUUCUAAUUGAGGUACAUCUAAUUCAGCUGACUUUCUUUCCUUUGGUGGAUAACAUAUCACCUCUAAAUGAAAAUGUUCAAAAUCAAGUGGAUGAGGGUUGUGGAGGAGGUAUUAAUUUUGUCUCAUUUCUUCUAAUUGUGAAGACAUGAGAGAAGAAAUGAGAGAUGGUCACAUCAGUUACAAACCAUUUUCAAUGAGAACGAGCAAAUCUGUGUCACUGCAAAUUGAUAAAGUUUUUUUAGAGUAAGAAGAGAGGGAAAGCGUUACCUAUGCCACAGCUUGGGAUUUUAAAAUGAGAACUUCAAGAAUGAGAAUUAUCAAGUGCUGGCAUUCUCUCUUGUCAUCUGCCAUUUGCACGUACGUGGAGGCCACUACCACAUACUUUUUCUUUCUACUUGGAGUUUAAAAGUUAUGGUCUUCCAGCAGCGAUUUCUAAGUCUGGCUUUCCUUUACUCUGUGUAUACCCAUUUGUACGGGAAGGAGGGGACUAUCCUCUCAAUAUUAGUUACGCAGAUAACAAAACUAGAUUUUUGCAUGAAGGGUGAGCUUUGUCCCAUUAAGCCAAACAGGUGCCAUUUCCCAAAUUAAUUCCAAUUAGCUGCUGCAACAGAGUGCUGAUUCAGUGGUCCACAUUUUCUGACCAUGCCCUUUGCCUUUUCCUUUGACUGAAUGCUGAAACAUACAUAUUUCUGUAGAGAGUGUUCUCACUUGACUGGGAAUACCAGAUCAUUUAAAUGGCUGCAUACCCAUUCCACACUUGGCCUGCUAAUCCUUUGUAAGGUUCAGUAAUUCAUUUAGCAUAAAUACUAGUUUAAUGUGUUUCUUGAUUUAAUUUCUUUGUUGCCUUUUAUUUUUCCUAAUGCUUUUUUAAACACCUCAAUUCAUUUUGCAUGUUAUACAGUUUACAGUUUAUAUUUUUAGGCUAAGAAGUGGUUUUACAAACAGGAUGGUACCAAACAGGUAGAUUAUCCACACUAGAGACUGUACUUUUAGAAUGCAGUGUGUACAGAUACAAUUGCCUAAGGGAAAGUGAAACUAACAAAAUAAUCAGCUGGUGAACACUAUUUUAACAUAUCUUCUACAUAAAAGACAGUCAGUCAUUCGUGAUUCCAGAAAUCUUGCUUUUUUUGAACAUGUAUCCUUUCUUUUUCAUUCUCUGAAGAAAUACUCAUCUUGAGAAUUGUGAUGUUUUAAGAAGCUCAUUUCAUAUGUGCAUAUUUUCUGCUUUUCUAAGGAGAGAGAAAACAGGAGGUGAUAUCAAUUUUACAGUUCUAAAUAUUCUUGCAUUGGCAACUUUCCUUGAAUGAUAUAAAUAUCAAGGGAAGACUCUGUCCAAAUAUUAGCUUUAUUCUAGUAUAUGGUUUUCAUUAUUACUUUCAUUUUCCAUCUCCUCGUUGCCCAAGUAGACUUCCAGGGCUAAUGCAAGCAACGGUCUCACGUUUCAGUGGUUGUCAGCAUUUACAUUCAGCUCCUUUUUGCACUUCUUUUCUGUUUAGUACAGCUUUUGAGGAACAACAGUUGAAGUAGGUAACACUGUCACCACGAGAGGGAGAGCCUUGUACUAAGAUGAUGUUGCUCUGUGCUACUGUGCUGGGACAGAGAGGGAUUUUAAAGCUAUUUGCUGCAAGGUUAAAUAAGAGGGGAGUGUCCCACUUUGGGGAUGUUUGCACCAAAGACAGGGGUCCUCCCAGGAGAGGGAAAUGCUUGAACUCCAUACAAGGGACUUGCUCUUCACCUGUGCCACUUAGAGGAAAAGACUGAAUCUCCAGUAUCUGCUGCUUCUCUUUUUUUAUAUAUUAAUAACUUGUAAACAAUUUAUAGUUCCUAUUUAUUGGUGAAAUAAGUGUCACCACAUUUAAAACUAUGUCUUCACAAGUAUCUUCAACAAGCUUCAUUGUUUUUCGGGGUGUCCUGUUUCCUUUGUCCUUAUGCCAGGCUGUUGUGAAACUGAUAGGAGUCCUUUAAAUCUGUAAUUUAUUCCCAAUUUCAUAUGUUCUGAACAAUCAGUUCCCUAGAUCCUUGCUCCAAAGUUCAGGUUCAAAGAAAUUCUCACAAUGAGUUAAGUUGGAAAAUUGGUUUCCCAUUCUCACCACCUAUAAUGAGCUUUUGUUUGUCAAAUAUAAAAUAAAAAGGCAGGAUGUACUUCAUGACUUUGCUUGCCAGCAUCAGUGAGGUCCGUGCUUAGUCCUGAAAACUGCUUGGACUCUGUGGGCCAAAUUUUGCAGGCAGGACACACUUGCCCUUUUGUUGACUUGAGUCAAUUUUCUCUGACAGAGAAAGCAUAUGUAGUCCUACAGAAAGCUGUAGUCCUGAAAAAUAGUUUCAUAUAUGUUAUUUAAGAUGCCACAGGACUGUUUCCCAAAAUUCAGCUUGUUUCUGCCCAAAGUUUUUACUCCUUAUAAAACUGACUCAAGAUUUAAUUUCACUCCACCAGGCAGAUUUUGCCUGUGUUAAGGUCUAUGCGAUUACAUAGUCCCUCCUUCUUGCUGGGAGACUUAAUUCAAAAAAGUCCUACAGAGCAUGACAGUUGCUUCCCUUUAUACAAGACUUGGAACUUGCUUUUUUCAGAGAGUCCUAAAUAGCUUUGAGUCUUUCUUUGGAUUUGAUUGGUGAUUAUAUGUUUAUCUUAAGUAAUUAAAUAGUGAGCCACAACAGGUAGUGUAGAUACAUGAUUCAUAGCAAUCCCUUUUCCCUAAUUUACACCCUUGAUAUGUCACUUUUCUAUUGCCAGAACAGUGUAGAAAUAUUUGGGUAUUGGAUAUUUGGAGUUGAUUCCAGGUUUCUGACUGCUUUAGCCAGAAUUGCUCUGGUCACACCUUUUCUGUUAUGGUAGUCAUGUAUUGAUGUGGGUAAAAUAAAGUUGUUUCUUUAUAAUAUUUGAUUAUGUAACUGCAAAUUCAGACUAUACAUCAAACUUUUUAGUAGAGUUUUAAAAAGUGCUCCUGCAUUGGGUGUGCAGGAGAAUUAGAUAGCGUGAACAUCAUUUUAGCAAAAAGGCAGGAUCCCCUUGGAGUACAUUCAGCUAAACAGUCAAAAAAUUCAUUGGCGCUGAUUAUAGUGGCUAAAUUGAAGUGUGUAGACUUUACAGAACAGCUGGCAAGUGUUAUUCAUUUUGUGACUUGUAUGCUCGGGCAUGGGCUGCACCACUGUAGCCCUGCACCCAGGGACAGUGGGUUUAGGUGCUGUCCCUUUGCAGUGCCUAGUGAUUCCAUAAUGUGCUCUUUAUUUUUCAUUAUAGGCUCAUUGGUAAAGAUAAACAGCAAAAGUUCUUGCAGCCUGGCAUUUUUCUGGUUUAGAGGUAGAUAUUCAGGAUCCCUGCACCCCUGUUUAGAUUCUUUCUCUUAGGUUAUUUCCUUGUUUCUACGCGUGCGGAUGAAAGAGUGCACCUGCCUGGAGGGAAGGAUGCAGUAUCUUUGCAAGAGAAAGAAAAAUGAGGAAGUUGCUUCUUGGUUGUAAUUUGGUUUAUCUGUUGGUAUUUGCUUUUGUUUACAUUGUGGGGUAGGCUGCCAUCUUCAACAAAGGACUGGGAGUGAGGCAAGGGGCAGAAGGUAAGAGGGAGCAUGUGCCUGAGCCCAGAUGAAGCAGCUUGCAGUAUUCCUUUAUAUACUGAGCAAUUACAAUGGGAUUAGUAUAGCAGCAGCAGCAUUGCCCUGAUGUAUUCCAUUUUCCAUACAUUUCCCUUUCUUUCUCCUCCUUCCCUGUUACAACAUCUUACCCUGUUUUAGUGGUUCUCCACACUCCUUUCCAGUAGUUGCAAGGAUUUGAUGGAGGCUCUUGUGGCUGUCCAAAUUGAAGUUGUAACCUCCAAACUGAUGAAUACCCCAAAGUCUUUGCUGUGUUUUCCCAAGUGAUAUCUUAAUGAGUGGCAAGCCCUGGCAGAUAUUUUAUUUUGUUAAAAUAGGUAGCCUAGGGGACGUAUGAUUUGACUGGGAUUCAGUAAGUUGCUUGCCUUUGUAAUUAGUGAGCUUUAUUUUGUUUUCCUUUUAAGUUUUCAUUUUGAGGUACCUAAGAAUUUAUAUGCCUGUCAUUAAAAUUCCUGCUUUUCCCACCAUAGCCCUAGAUCAGCUGUGGAAAAAAAAAAAAAAUAUAUAUAUAUCCCCAAGUAUUUGCAGGAUGGAGUAAGGAGUUGUUCAUGCACAUGUGUGCCUAUGUGAGCAGGAGAAAACUGAAGUUAGUGUUGAUCUGUCCAAGUGUUUUAGGGUGGCCAUUGAGAGCUGCCACUUAGAAAAGUUGAUUGCACUACAGAACCUUAGCUUGGGCACUGUUAAAAUAGGGACUGUAUAUUUGGAACAGGGAAGCUUUUUAGUUUUUUUAUCCACACACAUGCCCUUUGCAAGGUGUACCCUUGCAAAGUUUGCAUUAGACAACUCUGUGUAAAACCACUACUGACCUUUUUUUGCUGUAUCCAUUUAGUUCUCUCUCUUUUCUGCAGCCCCCAAACCAUGGCUUGUCUCCUUUCUGAUUUCUGUCAUGUUACUGUUUUUGAUAAAAGUCCUAUCUGUUAAUGAGUUCUCCACAUUGACCGGGAGGAGAGAAAAUGAGGCAUUUGCAAGUGUGGCUGGGAGACUGCAAAUCCCCCUUUGUUUAGGGGCAUUCAUAUACUUUUACUGAGAAGCUGAUUUCUUGGGGGCUGGGUUGGGGGGGAGGGAGUUUGUGCUUUUUUGGUCUGGAUAAGGCUUUUUAUUUUUGCACUAAGUAUGACUGCACUGCACUGCAUUGCACUACUGAAAUGUAUUUACAUGUGGUGGGAUUGGAAGGGGCCAAUUAAGCAGGAAGGGAGAAGAGAAAGGGAUAGGCAUAAAAAACAGGAUGUACCAUAAACCUGACCAAGGUUGAAAGAGAGGUGAGGUUACCUUAAUUUUAAGCAACUAGUCAGACACUGAGACAUCUGUAUUGGAUACCUUCUGUUAAAAUAAAUAAAUAAAGCACUGUAGUAGAAACUGAAGAGGCAUCACAAGUUUCUUGGUGCUACAGAUCUUUUCUCCCCUUUUUAGAGAGUAGUCUUCGGGCCUGUGAGAAAGUUAAGAGAACUGCUCAUUGUGUAAACUAGCGUAAGGUUUCACCAUAAAGACACAAAUUCCAAUUUGACAAGUUCCAAUGUCAAAACUUGCAUUGUUGGAUAGACUCUCUUCCAGAGGUUUGACAUUGAUUAGCAUCCCUUCAGUAAAAGCAGGAUCUCUCAGCUCAAGAAGUGAAGUCACAGAGCAGACUUUACCAAAGGGGAAAGUCACUGAAAUAAAGCACGUCUUUCUGAGGCUGUUAUGGGAACAGUGCAAUAAACAGUCAUUCUGAACACUCAAUUACAGGUGUUCCAGUCAAGCCUUCGGGACAGAGGAAGCAGGAGGGACAUUUGGUCAAAAAAAAAGGUGGUGUGGAAUUCAGUACAUACAGAAAUAUUCCUGCUUAGACAAAGGUGCUGUCUAACAUUUUAAGUUCUUCUUUCUGAUUUCUCUCCUUAAACAGAUAGUCUAGCAUUGUGAAGGCUUUCAGUUGGAACCAAAUAGAAUCCUAAGUUGGGAAGUAUUUUUACAGUCAAGAUGCAUGUGGGCCUAUGCCUUGGUCAUUAAUUUUAACAAGCAAUUGUUAACAAGCAUACUAUGAGAAAAACGAAAGCAGUAGCAAUGUGCAGCAAGAUCUAUCUCGGCUGUAGCUCUUUGCGAUCUAUGAGCUCUCAAAAGUUUGUGUUGAAUCUCUUCAGUAAGACUAUAAUUGCAGCUUUAGCCAGGUAAAACAGGAUAUUGAAAAAUGUUCUGUAGAGGAACUGGGAGAAGAAUGUAAAACAUGAGUUCAUCUGCUUUGGUCCUGUAGUGGAGAGAUUGCCUGUCUGAUGUAUCACAGGGUUUCAUGGACAGAGAAGAGGAUUGCUAAGAAAAGAAUUACUAACAAAAGGCUAGAGUAAUUGGAGGACUAGAAAUCUAUUCAUGCCCUGAACUUCGGCUUAGAUUUGAAACUAAGGUUAUUUUGGCUUCAUUAGUACCAAGACAUGGGUAGUACAGACCUUUCAGAGAGUGAACAAUGCAAAGCAGAUGCUACUGCUCAGUCUCUUGGGCUGCCUCGUUUGACAAAAGUGUCAAGAACUAAAGAGUGGUAUGCAAGAGGCAGGUGUUGGGUGGGAAGGAACAAGUCUGGAACCAGGAGAGACUUUGGAGUUAAGGAUAUGUUGUUCUGGUGAGCUUUGAGAUUUCCAUUCUUAGAAUCCAGCCGUCCUGGCUCGAAUGGACUGGAAGAGAAGAACUGGAGAUAUGCCCUGAUGUACUGUUAGAUUAACUACUGAAUGACUCUUCCCUUGAAAGCAAGCGGGACAGUGGAACAUGCAGCCUGUUUCUUUGCCAUCUGCAGGAACCCUCUAAGAUGAAAAGGACACUGGAAGGUCAACUUCCAGUAAUAAGUCAGUGGAUGCCCAACAAAAACACAGUUUAUUUGAGAGCCAGCAUAUACAGAGGCAGAACACCUUUGUUUUGUAAAGUGGCAUUUGUCCAUAAGAGUAGUGACAGUUACAGAGCUGUUAUAUGGAAGAAAAUGAAAUCUGUCUGCUGAAGUUAAUUCAUAUAAUGAGCCAAUACUCCUUGCUUUUGCUGAGGUGAGUUUUUGUUUCCUUGUUUAAGGCAGCUGCAUAUAUUGCUACUGUCAGAGUGGAUUAGCAUUGUUAAAGACGAGUAGUGGACUGCUCCAAAAAAAAAAAAAAGUGAAGCUGAGGGUUUACUGAGUCUGCUGUGUCCAGAGUGCCUUUCCUGCUGUGGUAAAAUAAAGAACUUCUGUAGGUUGAGCUGUUCUGGCUGACUGAUUGCUGCAUAUUCCUCCCUUGUGGUGUGACCUGAUGGCAACCAUAUUUGGACAAGGAGAGGAACGCUGCAUGUUUGCAAUGCUGUGAUAAGAUGCCAUUUGCACUAGUUUUUUAAAAGUACUGCAACCUGAAGAAGUGGGCUUUGAGCCAUGCUCCAAAUCUGGGUUUGAAUUCAACCUGUUUAAACCUGAUUCCAGCAGACUCAGUUUCAACAGAAGUGUCUAAUCCGUGUAAACAAGAACAAACCAUUUUUUAAAAGCCAAAUUCUAGCUUAUGUUCCCACUUGGUUACAGCGCUCACUCACACCAGUUCCUGGGCAUAAGUGUGAUUGUAUAAUUUUAAUGGCUUUUAAGUAAGUUGUUCCUUUUUACAUGGUCAGUUUGAAACUAGUUUAACUGGAACUACAUUUAAAUAUAGCACAAACUCUUUUCGUUUUUUUCAGCAUGGUACUAUAGCCCCAUGUAGACAGUGCUUGACUGAGAAACCAAGGAUUACUUGAGGUUUAUUUUAAGAAGCCAAAACAUAUGUUGCUGACUAGAGAUGCCGCAUAACUUAAUGCCCUAUUUUUCUCCAGAUGGAGAAACACUAACUUCCAUAAUUCUCCAUUUGUCAUCCUGCUUCAUUGUUGCACCUUUUCUCACAAACAAAAAUCCCUUUGGCCAGUGGGCUAGAUCCAAAACAGAAUUCCCCGAACUGUUUGAUCAUUUUGUUUCUGUAUGUUCCUUUCCUCAACAUUGACAAGCACUACUGAGGAUCAGCUUGAGUUUUUGCUGGGACUGUGUCAUAGUUAUGGCUCAAGAAAAUGCUAGUGAUAUUUUCAGCAUUAUAGUAAUUUCACUGCUUACCCUUGAGGAAAAUGUUACAUUUCAGAAGUUCCACUAUAAAAAGAAAAUGCCAGGAUUCACUGUGGAGCUUCAAUCACAUUGCUGUAGCCAAGUUGGUAGGGAAUGCAUUUCUAGUGGCUGGUGAUGCUGACAUUUACAAAGGCAAUUCAGAAGCAGCAGAGAAUGUAUGCUUUCUCAUCCCUGCUGAACUAAGAGAAUUUAUACUAAUGGAACGAUCCCAGGGUAACCUGUCGGAGUUCAUCACUUUUCCCCUAAUGGAGGAGGCUAACCAACUGUCCCAUCACCUUAGACAGCCUGAGUUCAAAACUGCUCCCCAAUGACCUGCCAGCCAGGUGCCCUCUCUCACUGAUAUCCCACUGGCUGAGGAUUUGUCACAAUCAGCCAAGGUGACCAAGAGAUACACUUGGCCUCACCUAGGAGCCUUUUACCUUUUCUUUUCCUUUUGGUUUUCUAUCAAACCAGGUGUGCAUUUAGUGGUGAAGUAGAUGCCAGAUUAGCUGUUGUGCCAGGUGACAGGAAUGGCAAAGCCACAUGGCAAAUGUGCUCCUGUUGUCCUCAUAGACAUUGGUAAAGGUGAAAGACCAGGCUCUGGUUGGUGGUCUAGUUGUAAACCUACAUCUUCUGCUGCUUGCCCCUCCAAACUUGUUUUGGUCAGCUAUGUUGUUGCCCUCAAAUAUGCUUUGUGUGUGAAAAACUGAAUGCGGUUGUUCUGUUGUCUGUCUUCUUUCUUCUGCAUAAUGGAUGUGGCACCAACUUACUCUCACAACAAGUUUGAGUUUUGUUUUGCUAUUGUUAUUAACAUGUAAUUCUACUGUAGACCAAAAAAUAAGAAAAGGAAAAGAAAUCAGUUUCAAGACAUAAAAGACCAGUGAGUGAAAGGUGAAAAAUUUAGGAAGUGAAGGUGUGAGAGAAGCAGUGGUUAACUGUGUUAAGUUAGAAAUCUCAGAAUAGCCUUACGUAUUUCUUAACCAAUGCUUACCAAUCAUCUAGUAGUGGGGUUAGAUAGCUUUCUUGGCUUAUUCAUACCUGUAUCCUAAUAUAUAUAUAAAAAUAAGUUUUUAAAUUUUUGUUUCUUUGGUAUUGCUGUUGCACAUCAUGUUGUCUUUUAUAAUGCCUGAUUUUUAUUGUAUUGUACUUUAUCAGUCUGUUUUGGUUUUGUUUCCUUUUGAAGGAUGGGAAAAGUAAUGUUUCCUUUUUGUUUUGAAUUUAUGAGAAAAAAAUGCACUGGAAGUAAACACAAACACAUUUUGCCAUUUGAAAAAAGGAAAACACACAGCCAUGCAGUGGAAAAGGCUAAGAAAAAGCUCUCCUCUUCCUUCUUGUGCUGGAAGCAUCCUUUAAAACUUUGCUAGAAAAAAAAAAAAACAAACUCAAACAGAAGAAGAGAGAAGCCUUUUUGAUCCUAACUCUGCCAUCUGGAAUAUUCUAGCACAGUGUUCUGCAGGGUUGGGCUCCUACAUGGCCAACAGACAUAAAAUCCAGAACCACAUGGGGCAAAUUCAUCCCUGGUGCAAGCAGGUGUUUUUGCAAUGAAGUCAAAAGAGGUACACAGAGGAUGGAUUUAGCCACAUGCGUGCAAGAUACAGCUGCCUUCCCCAUAGCAUCCAAUUCCCCACUGCUAGAGUUUAUUGCUGUCAAAACAGUUGGUAUUUUGGCUGUGUUAAUUGCAUAAUAUCCCUUGAACAUUUUUCAAGGUAGGCAAAACACUUUCCCACUGAAUAAAUCUGUAUGCACCUUGGUGUGACACUUUUUGCCUACCAGUUUUCAGCUGUCACCCACUCCCAGCCGUGAACUGAUGCGAUCUAUCUCUGGCUUGCCUUUGCCAGAAAAAUGGACUUGACUAUUAAGCAUAGUAAAACUUCUGCAUAUUUAACUACUAAGAAAUGGCCCUUGCACUUUUAAGGCAUAUGGAAACAUCCUCUCUGUCUUUCAAAAUGGAAAGAGUUCUUUGCAAGUGAAAUGCCACGUGCAUGCGCACACCCACGUGCGGUCCCUGGGCUCCUGACACCAAAUUCUUCCCAGAUCUUUCUAUGCCCAGCAGUGUCCUGUCUCCAUAGUGCCUGGUCAUUUGAGUACAGUGGGGCAGAGACUCAUGUUGAGAUGAAUUCAAAAAGCAUACAUUUUAAAAGACAGAUGAUUUUCCUGUUAUGCCAGCAUCUUCAAAUCCCCAUAUCAGCUAAUGGGUUUCCCUAACCUGAUGACUUUCAAUCAGUUGUUGAAACAUUGGCUUUCUGUGUUUUGUUUUCUGAGGAGGGAAUGUGGGGUGGGGAGAAUAAUGAGGUGUUGUUUGUAACGUCACAGUCCUGACAGUUGGUUUUUAUCUUCCAUAUUUUAUGCAAAAACAGACAUUAUAAGUCAAUAAAUAAUUGUGCCCUAGGUUGAAAGUUAAGCAUUCAGGAAAGGAAAAAAAUAGUUGGCAUUUUUCUACAUUUUUGUGAAGACUCUUUUGGAAAGGAAGGGUACAUAUUUUUGUUGUGUAGUAUUUUCUAUUUUUGAAUGCAUUUUCUUGGUACAAGACUGUUUUGUGGAUUUUUUUUCUUUUUGGUGAACACAUUAUUUAAAAAAAAAAAAAAAGAAAAGAAAGAAAAAACUAAUUGAAAAGUUUGCCCUUAAGGAUAUGCUGCAGUUUUGAGGUUUAACAUGAAAAAAAAACAUUCAAGGCGCGUGUUAAAAGUUGGGGAAUUGUAUUGUUGGGAGUUUUUUUGUAAUUGUUACAAGAAGAAGUUUGUAGCCACUGCUGUUUAUUUUGUUUCAGAUGAGUAAGUAAAGGGAUUGUUCUUGUGUUAUUCUUUUUUAAAAAAAAAAAGUUAUUUAUGAAAUGUCACAAACACUGGACUGUGAGUUUGUAGGGAAGCAUUUUACCACCCUGUGUCUUCAUAGAGCUGUUGGUGAUCCUACUUCUCAUUACUCUGCCUUAUGAUCUCCUGAGCAAAUUUGGUGGGGGUGGCAGGAGGGAGAGAGAGAAACUGAAUGCAUUUUUGACUUAGAGAGUUGGGGAAAAUUUAGGAAACUGUGUUUUGGAAUUCUAAAGCUGGACCAUCAGAUCUACUCCUCCCAUCAACCACAGGAAUGAGAAAGGCUUGCAGUCACUGGAGGAGACAGGAAACUUACGGUACCUGGACAUGGCAGUGUGCAAGGGGAAGGUGACUGAGACAUGAUGCUCAUAAUGACCUUUGUAAAUGACAUCUGUUUCUCAGUCAACAACUCCCUUGAUUUGCCCUCAUCCUGACAGUGGCUUUUGUGAACAACUCACCAACCCCACUGAAACUAUGAGGUUGCUUUGCAUUCUCCAUCAAGCCUUCUUGGGCACCUCAGCAGUGGGAGUGACCAGCAGGGAGCACUGCUCUGUUUGAUCACUGGUCUGGAUUUGAGGAGGAGUAGAGGCUGAGGGUGACCAAAGAGGUGUGCCAUGUUCUUAAUGUUUGAAAAACAGGCUUGAGAGACUAAAGCAGUGCUCCAGGUGUUCAUGGGACUGGAGAAAAGGGAAAGAGGAGGACACCAACAGCCAUAACAGAAACUGGAGAUAUGUAACUGGGCUACAUUUGAGACCAACCAGACUCUUUUCCUUCCUGGACAAUAAUGCAGCCAAAUCUUGAGACUGUCAAGCAGACAGAAAGCUGAAUGUGGCCUUCAUUUCUCCUGCCUUUCCUUUUUAUUCUCCCACUUCCUUUGCCCUGAGAUUUCUUCUCAGUGAGCACCCGCUCCACUGAGCACUUUUUUGUCCUCCACCUAAACUGCCCUUGCUUUCAAAAUGUGGGUUCAGUCAGGACUGAGUAAAAUCAUGUGCCUUCUUUUUCCCCUUUUGUAAUUAUACCAGCCUCCUCCCCUUCCCCAGCUUACAUAUGUGAGAGACAACAGGAGGAGGCUCUUUAGAAGUGCUACUUGUCUAUAGGUGUCCAACAAAACAGUAAGGUGGUGGUGAGAGGAAGGGGAGCUGGGAGAUACUGUGAGCUCCUUUCCCUUUCCACAUGUAGCACGUCUUCCCAAGGAGACACCCUCCACCACCACCUCCUCAGAUGCUCCUCUCUCCUAUAGUGCAGCUGUAGCGAGCAUGUGGUGGCUCUUCUCUCCAAUUUCAAUUCUAGCUUUGUGAAGCACUCAAUUUUAAUUCAUGUUAUUUUCAAGCACUCACAUUGAAAAGACAAAUGCAGUUUGUGGCCUUAUCAAGAUGACUUAAACCACUAAAAGAAAAAAAAGGCAACUCAUUUCCCUCCCACGGUUUGUGUCACUUCUAAAAACCCAGUCCGCAGCAGUUUAGACUCCUUUAAUCUCAGUCCAUUUUGAUGAUGGUGGCUAAAGUGACUAGUCUCGAACUUAAAUGCUGGACCGUCUGGUCUCACAUUUUCUUUGCUAUUACCCCUCCUGUCUGCUUGCUUUUCUCAUUUUCAGCUAUACUCUGCUUAAUGAGGCAGCCUAGCCUUUGGUGAAAGGUGAGAAGAGCCAGUGGGAUCCUGGCAAAGGGAAGGUAGUUCAUGGACAUUUUAGCAAGAGAAGGAUAUAUUAGCUGCCAUAGCUAAUGCACCUUAUGAUGGGCUGACUGCAGUGUUUUUAGGGCAAAUGAACUACCCAGUUACUGGAACAUUGCUUGUUCACAGGUCAGAACCAUGGAGAGGAAAGAGCAUGUUGGCACAAUGGAAAAGUGGCUCGCAGUCCACAGCUGCUCAUGAGUAAAGACAGAGAUCCAAAUGCCACUGCACAGUCAGUGUCCCUGACGCCACAGAGGAGCCAAAUUUGCUGGAGAAGCUUUUCUGAUUGUAAGAAUCAGCGCAAAGCAGCCCCUGAGAAGUGUCUGUCUGUCUGGCAGGCAAGACCAAGGGUGGGCACCCACCUGUGCCAUUUCCCUGCAGAGCAGGAUGGUCCAUGCAGGCUUUCCUGGAGCUUGCCCUUCCAGAAAUCCACCUCUAAAACCUGUAGCAUCUGGGUGGUGGAAUGAAAAACCCCUCAACUGCUUCCAUAAAUGAUCCAGUAAAUGUAGAUGUUCUGGAUGAUGUAUUGAAAGUUUAUAUUUUAGGCUGGGCUCUAAAGCCUGGGAGGAGCAGCAUGGGAAUGGUGUCGUUAUUCCCCCUCUCCCAAUUAACAAGUCUGCAUGUGUGCACAUACAUAAAAGAGAAAGGGUACAUUCCUACCCAUCUUUGGUGCUGAUGGACUUAAAACAUUUGUCCAAAGCCUACAUUUGACACAUUUGGAGAACAUAUGAAUAGAGUCUUAUCACAUGCAAUAUUUCCCCCAGAAAAGGGAUGGGGGCGAGGAGAGCAGUGUGGGCAGUUGGGAUUGGUAGAGUUGGAUUAUUUUGCAUCUUUUGUAAAACUAUAAUUUUAAUAGUGCCUUAUUCCUAAUAGAUGCUGGCACUUGGGACACACACAGACGAUAAAAAACAGAACUAGGGAGAGUCAGAUGGGUACAGCCAUAAGACAGAGGUCGUUAAUCAUCAUAAAGGAAGCUGUAUUGGGAAUGACACAGCUGUGUCAGAAUUGGAAACAACCUCUAAAGCAAUUUCCCUUCCACCACCUCCUGCCUUCCCUCCUUGCCAAUGGUGCUGCCCAAGAAUAGCUGCCUACACCAAGGCCUGUCACUGCCCCAUUUGCUUUUGGCGUUGUCAAGUCCAAGGAGUUUAGCAUGGUCAUGCUUUCCACUGCAAUCAUGUUUUCCAUGGGGCAUGUGAAUGCCAGUUAUUUUGCUUUAAAUGCACUUUAAAAAAAAAAAAAAGAAAAAAGAAAUAAAAUCAAAGCUCCAGACUGUUUCAAAUACAUAGGGGAAGACAGUGCAUAUGUGUUUGAACCCAGUUGACUUUAUCUCCAGUUCCAAUGUACUCCAUGCAGUGUGUAUGUAUAGAACAAAGUGUAUGCAUACAAACACACGUCAACCUUAAAUAUCAGCAGACUAAUCUUUCUCCUUAAGCUCAUGAAACCAGAUACUACACAAACACAGCAGCAGCAGAGGAAUUAUGGUUGGGCUCUUGAAACAGAUCACAAAAAAUAAAAACAACUACUUGGUCCUUUCUGUACGUUCAAUAAUUACAGAAGGAAUUGGGUUGUAACCAGAAUAAAAAGGAACGGUGCUAAAUGAAUGAAUGGGCAAAAAAAAAAAAAAAGAAAAACAAAGCCUCAGCCCAAUAACACAGUUAGACUUUUAUGCUAAUUCACACAUUGGGUUGGUUUGUUACUUUUUUUUGGUUUAUAUGAAAAUAAAAUUGCAUCUAAACUAAACUACCACAAAGAUAACAAAAAAAAAAAAAACACCAACAAAGCAAGCAAACAAAAAUGCAUCCUGCCCUGGAGAAGUGCUUAUUUAUGGAGGAUGUUAGAAAUCUCAAAACUCUCGGCCUUGCUCUCACAUACCACAUGCUCAAUCAGCCCUUUUUUUAAAAUGUCUGAAACUGACAAAAAAAAAAAAAGGAAAAAAAAAAAAGGAAAAAAAAAACUUUUUGAAGCACCUUAUGUGGCUUCCCAUUCCAGGAGUGGGAGCUGCCUUUUUUUCUUUGAGCACCUUACUGAUGUGUUAAUGCUAUCUGCUGUCUUUUUGUUCCCCGUGGGCCGAGUGGCUGCUGUGAGCACGGGCAGGGCGUGCGGGGGCCAGGGGUGCUGGGAACCCGGCGCAUCCAUCCGCGUUCCCAUUGCUCGUGCUACUGGCUGGGACCCAGGCACAAAUUCCUCCUUGGUCUGUGCUCUGUGGCGAGGAUGGGAGCUAAAUGGUGGAGGGGAGAGCACACGCUCUUGUGUGCGGAUGUAAAAAGUAAAAAUUGGACAUUUUCUUCUUGGGGCCAAAGGAAUUCCCAGCAGACAACAGAUGCCGAGUGAGUGGGAAACUGCAGCCAGGCCUGAAUCCUUAAGUCUUUGUGCAGGCAACCAGUGAGGAUGACCUCGGGCAUUGUCCUGCCAAGGUGGAGACUUCAGGAUUUGGUCCCCGCGCAGGACAUGACUCUCUGCCCGUGUGAGGAGACAGCCACCCACCCGCACAGCCCUGCACACACCGCUGUGCGCACACACACACACACACACACACCCCGCAGCUGUACAGGCAUCUCUCCAGAAACACGGUUUGUGACGAUGUAAAGAGCAGGUCGAAAGUUUUGAGGGGUUAAGUUCCUUUUUUUUCUCUCAUUAUACUCUGUAAAUGGUAUGUCAGUUAUCAAAAACAAGCAAAUAGAAAAUUG